UAUAAACAGACAGCAGAGACAGAAAGUGCGGCAGCAGGAUGAACUUCGGUUCAGCAGCAGAGACGCCCACACACACACUCUGGAGGAGGAAAAAAGACGCUACAAAAACGUGGGUCGGUCUUUUAGCGUCAGAGGGGAUCCUUCACUGACUUAAAGCCACCGUGCAGCAGACGUUAGACCUGCAUGGAUCUACAGUCUGCACAGGACACCGAGGCGUGAGUUCAACCGCAGCUGUGGAGUUUGUCAAAGGGAAACAUGACUUCUGAUCCGAAUAAAAGGACGCUGUUUCAUCUGUUUCUGGACUGCUGACAUUGUUUAGUCGUCUUUGGGGUAUCUCUGGAUAUCUGACAAGGAGAAAAACAUCAGCUGGACUGAGAAUGAGAUUAAGUGUCUAGUGCCUCCCUUAGCUAUGGAGCUCCUGACCUUCAGAGUCCAGAGAUGUUAGCUUUGAGCCACUACAACUCCUCGGCCUCCCCGCUCCUCCCUCGUCUGGUUAAUGACAGUGGAGGGAAGGCGGAGGUCAUGGUAGCUGUUGAGGGGCUGUUGCAGCAGCGAAACUUCACCUCUGUGGAACCUACAACCAGCGGCAUCAUCGCCGUCAUCCUGAGCAUGACACUGGGCAUCAUUUCUAAUAUUGUGGCUCUCUUCAUCCUGGUGAACGCCUACUCUCUCCAGCGCCGGCGCUCCAAGGCUACAUUCCUUCUGUUUGCCACUUCCCUGGUGAUCACAGACUUUAUUGGACACGCGAUUCCUGGAGCCCUGGUUCUCCGACUCUACCUCUCUGGAGGUGUGAGCCCUGAAGACUUUGACUCCUCUGAUGGCAUGUGCCAGUUCCUGGGUGGCAGCAUGGUGUUCUUCGGCCUUUGUCCACUCUUCAUGGGUUGCGCCAUGGCUGCUGAGAGAUGUCUGGGAGUUACUAAACCGUUGCUGCACUCAUCUUUAGUCACCAAAACUCGCACAAAGAUCUGCUUGGCUGUGAUCUGGCUGCUGGCUCUGAGCAUGGCCCUGCUGCCCUGCUUCCAGCUGGGCUCUUACACCUACCAGGACCCGGGAACCUGGUGCUUCAUCAAUGUGCUCAGUGACACUGAGGAGGUGGAUGUGGCCUUUGUGGUGCUGUUCUCUGGACUCGGUCUGACGUCUCUAGCUGUGGCGCUGGUUUGUAACACCAUCAGUGGAGUCACACUGGUUCUGGCCCGGCUCAGGAGGCAGCCCGGCUCCCAUCACUCAGCAAAGUCCCAUGACAUAGAGAUGGUGGUGCAGCUGGUCGGCAUCAUGGUCGCCUCAUGCAUCUGCUGGAGCCCCCUGCUGAUCUUUGGCCUGAUGUCGGUGAUCCGCUCCUACACAGGAACGAUUGGGGACGACCUGUCGAACUAUAAAACUCUGAUGGUGAUGGGAGUGAGGCUGGCUGCUUGGAACCAGAUCCUUGAUCCCUGGGUCUACAUCCUGCUGCGCCGCACCGUGCUCCGCAAAAUCUACCUCAUUACUAAGUGCCAGGCAGGCCUGAGGGGAACUAUAUUAGGCCGCUGGGAGCCGACAUCUUACCCCAGCUCAGAGAAGAACGAAGUCAACCAAGUGUGAACUGAAAAAUUGAUGAAAUUUGUUACAGGAUGAUAUAAAGAACUCUGCAUGCAGAGACUUGUGGAAAAGAAGAGCUGCAUAGAAGAUGGUGAGAGGAACAGACAUCACAGCUGUGAUGGUGCAGCAGCCUUUAAAAUUCUUACUUGUCUAAAAAAUCUUCAUGGAUUCGAUCAAAUUGUUUUUCUGUCACAACCGUCAAAGUUUACCACUGUCUGACCUUAAAAUGGAAGCUAGCUAAUGCUUUGAUUUUGCACAAAAGAUCAUAAACGUUCUACUGUUUACUUCAAUAAAGCAUGAACAUUCCUUAUGAGAAAACUCCCAACUAAAGGCAAAGAUGUAACGCUCCAGCAAUAAUCAUCCUUUGUCCUGAGAGACUGAAAGGUUAGUAUGAGUGGUAUUUUCUGGUUUCAUUUCCUCAUUUUCACCACCCAUAAAAGUAAAAAUAAGUAAAAAAUGCACAGUGAUUUGCUCUCAUAUUAGACCGUUUCAGAAGAACUGAGCACCAGCGUAAACCCAGUAUUUAGAUGUUAUUUCUAAUGUUAAGUUUUCUGCUGAAUGUACUUCAUGAAGGAAUGUAAUAUACAAGAACUGUGGAUUUUGUGUAUGUUUGAGUUUAUACAUGCUUUUGAUGUGUUUCUGCAGUGCUUUAUGUGAAAUAAUGUAACAUUUUAUAAGUUAUUACUUGAAUUGUGCUGUCAGUUUACUGAGGAUAUGUAAGGAACCUUAAGGUGAAUGUAAAUAAAACAAUGCAAUGUGUGUCUUUUUGUAUAAUUUUCAUUGAAAACAUGCCCGUUUGCAAUAGAAGGUACAUGAGUGGUUAAUGAAUCUGCUCUUAUGAUAGAUUAUUAUUUAUAGUAAUUCUAGUAGUUAAAAGGUUUUUCAAUUGUGAAGUCCUGUAAACACUGACAGUAUUUAUUUGAUACUUCAGUGUUUUCCUCAGAGAUCUGACCUUUCCCAAAAGGUCUAUGGUUUGUGCAUAGUUAUACUAUCAGGAUGUUGUGAUCUGAAGCAGUAAUGUUCUGCAGAGUCAUUUCAACAGGCAAUGAUGAAUCGAAAAGGAUUAUCCACAAAGGUCAUGCAGAUAACGACCUAUUUGAUCAAGAAUGCUGUGAAGCCAGUUUGUUUGACUUAGGCUUAACUGGACACCUCGUUAUUUAUGGUGUGCUGCUUCAUUACGAGAGCAAAUGUCUGUUCAGGUUGUCUGGCUCUGAUAUGAGUAACCUAAGAUGAAGUGCCGUGCAUCAGGGAAAUAUUACUGUUUCAAGCUGCUUUUGUUUUAUCUUGUUCCUCUUCAGCAUCAUUUUUUUCCAACCACAUCCACGUGGUCUGUAGCUGGAACAUUUUAUUCUUCUUAUUCCACUGCUCAUGAAUCUUUCUGUCAGCUGCCACUGAUAAACGGCCAGUGAUACCCAUGGUGCACUUUGCUACUCUUAACAUUUCAAUAAAUCAUGUUAUUUUGUUUUAUAUAUAAUAUUGUAACAUCUUAACCGUAAUAUUUAACUUUGGCAGGUAAUGUUGUAUUAUCAAUGAUAUCGUUGAGGCUGUAAUGUUUCAUUUAGUAAAUUUGUAUUGUAUAAUGAUCUAAAGUCUUGACCAUGAUGUUCUUUUUCGGUAAAUUUGUAACUCACUUUGGUUCAGUGGUUGUUAUUGUUAAAUUUCCAUAAAAAAUUGCAUUUUUA